UAAGGAUGCCGUAUUGCAAGGACCCAUAUCUCACCAAGACAACACGUCGGAAUCAACACAUUUAUAGGGAAGGAAACGCAAGACAGACCGUUUGUAAAGUGAUAUCCGUCAUGGAGGUUACUGAGAAGGUGGUGCCCAAAAACGCCCAACUGCUAUCUCUUGGCCACAAGGACACUUGUCGCCUCUUGGAGGUGUAUGUGAAGCGCAGCAUCAGUUUAAAUGAUGGGACAUGUGAGGACCAGAGGUCACCAACAACGCCUCAGAAGUGGGUGACACUGUCAGAGAAAUGCAGAAGUGUCCGCCGGCAUUCUAGUGACCCCUUGAUCACCUUGGAGCCCAGCACACCUGACGAGGGCAUUGCCAGUAGCACACCACCCGAUGAGGAAGUUGUUAUACCAAAUGUGUCUCUAGUAGAAAUCCCUGGACCUGCUGACAUUCCUGAGAUUGAGACGUCUACUGAACUGGAGAAUAAGUCUAAAAAGGGCAAGAAGAAGAGCAAAAAGACCUCUUUCUGGAAAGGUUUUCUGGGGUUUUUCACGACGAAGGGGAGUGACAAGAAAGACGAGCAGGAGUCUGGCACAGAGAAAGAUGGACAGUCACAAGGAACCUUGAAGAAAAAGAAAUCCAUAAGGCAAAGGAGCUCCAUGAGGAGACUAUCUCUGAGAAAAAUCAAGAUUGACAGCCACAGAGGGUCUGUGAAGAGACCAUUGGCUUUGGACAGGGCCAAGACCACUGACAUAACUGGAGUUGAAUCGGUUGAGAGUGUGGGGCCUACUGACUCGUACUAUGAGAAAGUUUCAGAAGAGCUGGAGAAGAUUGUGCAUGAGGUGAAAGAGACAGAGGCAGCUCUUACAGAUGAGGAUGUCAUAAAAAGGAUCAUUGUUCUGAUGAAGCAGCAAGGAGACCUCAUUGAUAACAAGCUGAAGGAGAACCCCAGCUUGAGCUCAUUCUUCCAGAAGCUGUCCUACAGCACCUUCCAGCAGUUAGCUGAUACAUACGUGGAGACAGAAACACCUACAGGCCAGAGCCACCAGACACCACACACGGCUGGAUCUGGGCCCGUCAACGCCCCGGAGCUGGUCAAGCUGGCCUUCACUCUGGACUUCACAGCCAGGGUGGCCUGUCUCUCCAGGCAUUCCAAAGGCCACAUCAUGGGCCUGGGCCACCGCUACUUAGAAGACCGCUUCACCCAGACACAGGUUAACCCAGAUCAGACAUUGCAUAACUAUGACGAUCAUAAUCAUUGAUACAACGUCACAUGCAAAAAAAGACUGCAGGGGAAACCGAACAUUCUUCGUGGUGUAAAAGCACACUGAGUGCUCCUCGAUUCCUUGUGACACAAAUGGAAUAGAUUACUUAAAGAUGACUGAAAAUGAAACCCAGAGGCAAGUCAUGAAGGGAACAUCACACACAACACGUAGAGUAGGCCUUGUACCUGUAAAUCUACACUAGGGCAAUCUGUGUAAUUACUAUGUUUAGUAAGGGUUAGGGUUACAGGUUUAGUAAGUAAUGGAAAUGCAAUAUGGAGUUUUUACCACAUUUGGUACACUCAUUUAUUUACCUAAAUUAUAAAAUAUAAUAUGCCAUUUAGCAGGCGCUUUUAUCCAGAGCAACUAAUCAUGUGUGCAUACAUUUUACGGGAAUUGAACCCGCUAUGCUGGCAUUGCAGACGCCAUGCUCUACCAACCUACGCUACAAAGGACCACUAGGGAUAGUAAGUAAUAUGUACUAUAACUGCAUUCACUAACUACCCUGCUACAAGGUACAAGGUUAUUCCUCAUUCUUAAUCCUGGUGUGCAUAUUUUAGUUUUUGCCCAAGCUCUACACACCUGAUUCCACUAAUCAAAGGUUUGAUGAUAAGUAAUCUAGGUGUUAGCUGGGGCUGGGACAAAGCUGACACCAAUCAGGCCCUCGAGGACUGAGAUUGCCUACCCCUGUAGGGUAAUGCCUAGUUUCUGGAAAUUAUACUUAGGACCCCUGUACCUUUCACCUGAAAGAAUAAGAAAAUCAAGCUAUUGAACAUAACUUUAUGUAGCAAUAUUUCUAGGAAGUAUAAUACUAACCAAAAAUAUAAAUGCAACAAUUUCAACAGUUUUACUUAAGAGUUCAUAUAAGGAAAUCAGCAUACUUGUAUUUACACAUUUUUAAUUGAGUACACUUUAGUUUCAUCAUUGUUUUUUCAGUCAAAGGAUGAACUACUUAUGAAAAAUGUGCAAUUUUAUACUGUGUGUCAACUAAAAAAAGACAACAAUACUUGAGUAUCCCGAAUAAUAAUGGCAUAUUGGAGUGCAUUUAAACGUGGUCAUUGUGAUGCACCGAGGUCAAACUCCAUUUUAGACGAGACUGAUUUUAUGACCAAAAUUACCCUAUUUACACACUAUAAUAAAUGUUUGACUCAAAUUGUUGCCACAUAGGCCGUUUUCAAAGGGAUUAGUUGUUUUUUUAGGGUCAGUCGCUCUUUAACAGACAUUCCCUGACAAACAUUUGGGCACAGAGUUUCUAAACCCAGAGGCGUGAAACUUCUGGGAAUGCUUGCGAUACAGACCAGGCUGGGGCUUGAGAAGUCAAAAAUCUGAAGUCACAACCCAGAUUCGAGUCAAUGCCUUUAGUUGAACAUGUUAUUACUCCAACGUUUUUCAUUUAUGUCAAAUACAACAUAUCGAAGGAGUGCCUUUGAUUUGAUGGCCUGCA